UCCAUUUACAGACCAUGUGCUCUCCCUCCCUCUCCGGUUUCUCUGCCUCUCACUAGCACAUUUGCUUCUCAAGAACAGCGUGGUGUUGGCCAAUGCUUUGUUUUUCGGAGAUGCCAGCAACCGGCAUGAUGAACACAUUUUAAGGCUGUUAUAAGUAGACGAUCAUUUCUGACUGACUGAAUCGCCACAAUUUUGUCCAGAAAAGUAGCCUCUAGUCUUUGUCUUUCCUCAAGUGGCCCGGAGCACUAGUCCUGGCUGCGUAUCUGCUUCUGUCGACGAUUAUCUUCAGCACAAGUGGAUCCCCACAAAAGACGGAGUGACUGGAAAGACGUCUACUUCUCCACACGUGGAUAUCCGAGACAUUUCCAGGCUGUGUGGGCAAACGUUUUCUACCAUUUCAUUACUUAACAGUGGAACAUCUUCAGCCUGAUCUGUGUGUUAUAACUGAUUUCAAGAUUGUUUUUGUUUUAAUUUGUAUGCUUGGUUUUUGAGAAGAUCAGAUGGUCACUUGGAUGAAAUCCAUCUUCAGUGGUUCUUCCGUGUGGUAUCAGAUUGACUCUACCCAACCCAUCUGAGUAAGGCAACACCAAACCAGGAGACUAACAUUGUUCCACUGACAAGCUGGAUCUUUUUUUUUUUUUUUAAACAUGCAAGCGAGAACACAUGCCUUGCUCCAUACAGUGAUAAAAACUUUGGUUCUCUAGGUACCUUGUUGACCGAGUUCUCCACAGCUGACUUGUGACAAACAAUAGCGCUGGUUUGUUUCUUAAUAAUUUAUCACAUCAAAGAAAGAGGGAGAAAGUUGGCAUGGUAAAGAACUGACGGAGAAUUCCAGCACAGGCUUUGAAAGAGAGCAUAUGAAAAGUUAGUGUAUUAACUCUUCUGAAGGAACUCACUGAAGAAAAACUGAAAGGCAAACAGGACAAAGAAAGUGUAACCUUGACGAGCAGUUUGAGGAAGGAGUAACGAGGAAUCAAACAAGUAGCCCUUAACAGGACCUGCAGCAAUAGAAAAAGUGUCGUCCCGGUUGUGGCCCGACGGGUGGUACAGAGACAGCGGCAUCAUGGUGAAUACGGGUAUGCAGCUGAUCAGCUUCACCUGCGCUGUUACUGGCUGGGUGAUGGCUAUCGCAGUGACCGCGCUGCCCCAGUGGAAGGUUACAGCUUUCAUUGGGCCCAACAUCCUGACCUCGGAGAUCGUGUGGCAGGGCAUCUGGAUGAACUGCAUCUACCAGACCACUGGGCACAUGCAAUGCAAGACUUAUGACUCCUUGCUAGCGCUUCCGCCAGACAUCCAGGCAGCCCGUGCCCUCAUGUGCGUGGCCAUCUUCCUGGGCUGGCUGUCCUGCACGGUGUCCUGUUGCGGAAUGAAGUGCACCACUUGCGCCGGGGAUGAUCGCCAUGCCAAGGCUGGCAUAGCGCUGUCCGGCGGGGUGCUCUUCAUCCUAACAGGCCUGUGUGUACUCAUCCCCGUGUCCUGGACAGCCAACACAGUGGUGCAGGACUUCUAUAACCCCAACGUUCCUAUACAGAAGAAGCGUGAGCUGGGCCAAGCCAUCUAUCUGGGCUGGGCGGCCGCAGUCAUUCUCAUCAUCAGCGGCAUCGUGCUGAGCUCCACCUGCUCCUACAUCGAGAAUGGACACUACAGACGUGGCUACAUGGGCCGCAGCUUUGCUAAUUCUAGGCCGUCCCCACUGGAUCCCCCGAAACCCAUCAGCACCAACAGUGUGCCCCUUAAGGAGUAUGUCUAAGGUGGAAGGCCAGUGAUAGCAUUUCCAUAAGACUUAAAUGGAGAUACAUCAUGGUCAGUCAUGUAAAAUACACAUGGGGAGUCUCCAAGUUUGGAGACACGGCUGAAUAAUUCUCCUGUAGUGUUUGAGUUGUGGCUUUGAAUAAUUGUACUGCUUUUCUACUUUUUACUACUCAUUGGGGGUGCAGUUGUAAAUGUACUAGAGAGAUGUACUUCUUAUUUAUUAGAUUAAUUGUUGAAAUGUUGAAUUUGACUUUGUUGAUGAUUGUAAAAGAAAAUUCCUACAAUUUGUCUCUGCACAUUUUUGCAAUUUUAAAUUAUUCGUGUUUGUGAAAU